AUCGUGCAUGUGAGCAAAACAUCAACUGGAGAUGUCUUGCGUGCGGGUGACAAAAAUAUUUGUAUUUGUAUUUAUAAGUGCGCUCCCAGCGAAGUGCCAGCCAACGGAGCAAAGGCCUUGGGAAGAAUUGAAUAUCCGUCACCUGCUAAAUGGAUCAUGGAACCUACAACCACAUUCAGUCACACACAAGAAAAGGUCACUCAUUAACAACGGCUACCAGUCUGAUUUCACAGGACACAUUGACCAGAGAAAGGUGUUUGUUCUUCAACCGGGCCCUGAUACUCACACGGCGGAGAGAUGGCCGUCGCUGAGUCCCGAGGUGGAAUGCGCGGGUAACGCGAUGACCCUCACGGCGCACGGAAAAGGGUACACGAAUCUGUUGGUCGAGCGAGAGGGCUCCUCUCCAGUCUCCCUGUUCCACCUGCCCCCCCACUGCGACUACAACAUGAGGUACACCUGGAAGGACCUGGUGCUGCGCGUGCCGUAUGACGGCUGCUACAUCAUCCAAGAGAAUGACAGCUAUGUCCUCCCUCUGCUGUGGUGGGGAAGGCCCGUGAAGAUCUCGUGCCCGGUGAUCUCCGUUCCCGAGCUGCUGUGUUCGACCCACGGGAUGGUGCUGAAGGUGGCUGUGGCGGGGGACGGGGGACACACACUUACGGCCAAAGUGGAGGAUACACGGGUGCCUCUGGUGUCUCCCGAGUGUGCUCAUCCCAUGGGCUCUCCUCCUGGACUCGUGCUGGUCUUCGCCCCUUACACCUCUUCCUGUGUCACGCUGAAGGAUGGCCACAGCACCAUCGUCGUCGUCAUCGGCGGAAUCGAGUUCACCAUGUCCUGUCCUCUGCGCCUUCACCUGAUCGGUCAUCCGUCCUCUCCGUCUCCGUCUCCGUCCUCCUCCUCUGUCCUGUCCAAAAAGCCCGGCCCGAAGGAGCAGCCCCAUACUCCACCACCACCCUCCCACAAGCCUGCGCCCGCACCCUCCCCUCCCACUCCUCCUCCUCCUCCUCCUCCUGCCGUGCCGUCGGCCCCGAUUCCCGACCCCGCCGCGGUGCCCGGCUACCCCCCUCCAGGUCCUCUACUCCCGCUCUACCCCCCCAUAUUCCCGGGGUUUCUUCCCCCUGGGCAGCUGUUUCCGGGUUUUCCUCCUCGUACGGACCACAUCGCUCCGUCUCCUCCGCCGGCACCCACCUCACCCCCACCUGCCCCCACACCUCCUGCCCCCACACCUCCUGCCCCCAUGUGGGGUUACAACCCCAUGAUGCCCCACCCCUACUCGUAUAUGGGGCAAAUGUUUCCCACCCACCCUUACAAGCAGCAAAACACACCUCCCUCUCCAGCCCUGGGCCCACACUCACAGAUCCCCUCCUCUCCUCAUGUCGUUCCUGGCCAUUACCCUUACGCGGGGCAAACGUUUCCUGCCCCUGGCCUCCCCUGGUUUGCCCCACCGCCACCGCUCCAGCCUCCAGGUGACCCCUCCAGUGACCCCUCAAAAGCUGGCCCCCACUCUCCGCUGCCCCCCUGGCCGCUCUUCUACUGGACUCACGCGCCGUCCCCGCCAGAGCCCGGUCCUGGCUCCGCCCACACUACGACCACCACCGUAGCAACGCAGGCUCCCACGACUACUGUUACCAUGACUACUGAGGAUGCUACAACUGCCCCUGCCGCAGGCUCCGGGUCCAAACACCCGGUGAGCCCCGCUGUGCGUCCCAUGCUGUUCUACCCUCCGUAUCAGGCGCCGUUCCCGGUCCCCGUCUGUCCGCCGCACUCCCGGCUGACGUGUGCCGGUUAUCCACUGCCGCACCCCGACUUGCUCACCUCAACGACUACUGCCGCCCCUCAAACGACGCAUCCUGGCCAGGGGUUGUCUUUGUUGACGCCGCCGGUCAUACCGCCCGGUGGUAUCAAAGGCCAGUCCUCGACUGCACUGUGGGAUGCGGAGAUAUCUGGGCCCCCCAAAGUUCCCAGUUCUCCGUCCUCCUCCUCCUCCUCUGCUGAUCCACCCAGACUGUCCCCGUCACUCUCCUGCGCAGUGGAUCGCCUGGUUGUUUCCCUGCCUACAGCCCAUCUCGACUCCAUCCAGCUCAGAGAGGCCGGAGACUCCUGGGUGUCUGUGGCCUCCACUCAACCUCACUGCCAUUACGAGGUGACUCCAGCCCUGAUGGGGGCGCUGUUCUCCUCACCUCUCCCCGCCUGCCACUCCCGACAACACGACGACCGCUCCAUCCUGUCGCUGCCUCUGAGGUUCUGGGACGUUGUGCUCGGACGCUAUCACCACCUGGACCUGCUGUGCCAGGCCCCCAUCCUGCCACCGACCACCACGACCGCACCGACUACCCCACCCACCACGGUGACGGUACCGGUACCGGUACCCUCCACCACCACAGAGGGCGCUGGUCAAUGGACUCUGGUCCCUCCCGUCCCGACGGAUCUGCCGUCCCCCGUCCCGAAGCCGGCGGUGUUGUGCUCCGCCCAGCACAUGGCCGUAGCUCCUCCCCCUGGGCCUGUGUCCGCUCUAGUGAUCAAAGACCUGAACGGGAAUGAGGUGAAGAUGGAGGAUGCCCCAGUGCAUUGUGGGUACAAAGUGAGCAUGGGCAAAAGCAACCAAAUCACCAUCACCCUGCCCUUCAACUCCUGCCAUAUGAUGGUCAAGGGUAACGAGCACACGGUGGUGCUGAGCUAUCAGCUGUGGGACGGGCGGCAGGCCCAGGCCCAGCUGUCCUGCCCUCUGCCCACGCCUCCCUCAACACCCCGGUGUGAUGUGCCCAGUGAGCAGUGGGUAGCCUGUGCUCCAGGUCCAGUGUCUGCCCCACAGUGCCACCUGCUGGGCUGCUGCCAUGACCCUGCCACAGGAGCCUGCUACUACCCCAUGGAUGAGUGCACGGCGGACGGCCAUUUUGUUUUCUCGGUCCCCUCCACCAUCUUGAGCCCGCCUCUCAACCCCGCCACGCUCUUCGCCGGCGGCAACCUGUCCUGCCCGCCCUGGCGCGCCACGCCCGAGUACGCCCUGUUCAAGAUUCCGCUGGACGGGUGCGGAGCGCACAAGUUUGAAGUGGGGCAGACGGUGAUCUACAUGGUGGAAAUUCUGAACACAGUUCAGGCCGUCUCAUUAAACUAUGGCACCAUUACACGGGACUCUCCAGUAAGGGUGCUGGUGGAAUGCAGGUAUCUCCCCGGGUCGGUGGUCAGUGUGGGCUACCUGGUGAAGAGGCCGUCUCUCGGGCCGUCCAUCCAAGCCCAGGGCGUGUUCGGCGUCCAGCUCAGGAUCGCAGAAGACCACACGUACGCGGCGUACUACCCGCAGUACCACCGGCCCCUGGGGCUGCUGCUGGGCCGGCCCCUGCACCUGGAGGUGCGGCUGCUGAACCCGCCCGACCCCGAGGUGGUGCUGCUGGUGCACUACUGCGUGGCCUACCCCCGCUCCGCCCACGCCGCCUGGGUGCUCAUCUACGACGGGUGCCCAAACCCACUGGACCCAGCGCCCCAGGUGACCCCGACUCCUCCCCUUCCUGACACGCCCCGCCAAACCCGCCGGUUCACCGUCUCCACCUUCCAGUUCCUGACCAAUGAGGACACGAAGGACACGAAGGACAUGGAGGACACGACAGACCCCUCCCACUCAGACGAAGAGAUCUAUUUCAUGUGCUCCACCGAGAUCUGCUCACCUUCAGACGGCCCGUGCGUGGAAGGAUGCUUCGGCGGUAUUGAAGAGUACUAA